GGCUGCCCGGCUUUAUAACGCGCGCGCGCUCUCCUCCCCGCACCAUCCAUCCAUCGCAGUCCCUGCGCUGCGCAUGGACGGCACCAUGUCUACGUCCCUGGCUGCCGCCGCCGCCAACUGCCGGUGCAGCCGCGUCGUGUUCGUCGGCAACAUCCCGUUCCACGCCUCCGAGAAGGAGCUCCGCGACGCCUGCGAGCUGAUCGGCCCCCUCCGCUCCCUGCGCCUCGCCGCCGACCCGGCCACCGGCAAGCGCAAGGGCUACGCCUUCGUCGAGUACCCCGACGACGAGACGGCGCGCAGCGCCUGCCGCAACCUCGACGGCCACCCCCUGCGCGGCCGCGAGCUCCGCGUCGGCCUCGCCGGCCGCCACCGCCGCCGCCGCCCCAGGGGCGACAGCGAGCCCGUCGGCCUGGAGGACGCCAUCCACGCCGCGUCCCUCGUCGCCGGGACGCCCCCGCUCGACUCCGUCACGCGGUUCCUGGCGGCGCGGUCGGCGCGGGAGCUGCGGGAGAUGGUGGCCGCGCUGGAGGGCGACGGCCCCGACACCCUGAAGCUGCUCGAGGAGCACGUCCCGGGAUUGGCCACGGUCAUGGAGCAGGUGCGUCAUCUUCUGGACAUGGCGGCCGCGGAUGAAGCUGCAGAGGAGGCCAAGAACAAGAAGCGGGCGGCGGCGGCGGAGUCCACCGACGAUCACCGCGCCAAGUUCGCGAAGGUGGAAGUGGAAGACGGCGGCUUCAAGCACAAGAUCGCGGUCUCUGCUGUCGGCGUCACGUGUUUCUGAUCAGUUGUUCUUGCUGUCUCGGCUCUGGCCCUCUACCGUGAUUGUUUCCUGGCCUCGUAGUUCGACUAGGAGGAAACAGAUGUAAUCUAACACCUACGCUUGCAGUUGCAGCA